CUGGUCCAUAUUACCUACCCUGUUACUUCAAAGGGUAACCUACCUACCUACUAGGUAGAUUUUUCAUGCCAUUAUCCCACCUUUCGUGUUAUGCUACAUUGUAUGCCUCACAUUAUGCUCGUAGCAGUUAAUGCGGAUCAAAUACCUAUUAUUAUCCCGGGACCAACAUUUACAACGGGAAUAUGGACCCUGUUGCUAUUUUUGACCUAGUCUGGACCUUUAAAGCUUCGAGUAAACGAAUCUUUACCAGCUUUUCGGAACAUGACUUCGUGUGGUUAAUAUGGCUAAAGUCGUUACGACCACGAUCUAGAGCCCAAUUCCCAGGAACUCGGAGCAUAAUACCACAAGUAGAAAUUAAAUUUGCAUAUCUCUAUGGCUACCGGCGGUUUCAUCGUGUCAUGAUAAUAUCAACGGAAGUCUCAAAGGUUUUAUUGCAGUUAGGCUUUCCCAACUGCCUGCCUAUUACCUGCCCUAUAUAAAGGUUACUUCAUAAUUCUAAGAGUCGCAGCAUUCACAGCUAUUGCAAGUCUUUCUAAUACCAUAUAUACUUCUCCAUCAAAAGAAAUACUCGCUUGAAAAGCUCAUAAUAUGCAUCUCACUUAUCCACUUACAUUCUUAUUCGUAGCAUGCUCCGCAGCUACGCCGCAGAAACCUAUGACGUUCCCUGAUGCUUCGGAAGCUCCAUUCUCACCACCGACUAUAAAGUCUGUCUCCUUCUCCGGCAGCGGCUGUCCCCAAAGUGGUAGUAGCAAACAGGUCUCGGGAGGGUGGCAGCACUUUACGUUUACCCUUCCUGAUUUUGCAGCUUCAUACGGAGGAAGCAAGCCAACGUCUGUUAACUGCCAGGCACACAUGAGCCUAACUGGAGGUGAACCUGGGUGGCAAGUUGCGCUGAGAGAUGUUUGGACUCAGGGUCACGUAGAAUUGGAACCGGAUGUGAAGCUAACGCAAUACAUCACUGCGUAUUAUAGUCAAGACGCCGCGAACACGAUUUCUACAGCACAAACACUGACCAGUCCCUCAAAUUCGAGUCUCGCUCGUGACAUUACUACCCAUUCGGGUAUCCCUAAAGAAAGCGCUGUUUGGUCUCCUUGCUCGGGGCCAAGUGGGAAUGUUGGUAUCUUGAAUGUGAAUUUCCGCGUUGCCUUUACUUCGCCAAAUAGUCACUCGUAUGGGUAUUUUGGAGGAGGAAAGAAUUCAACCGUCAGGGAGAAAUGGGGCUGGUCGUGGAGACGGUGCUAGAAUGAAGAAUAUGCGCUUGAGUUAUUGGUAAAGAUGUCGAACUUGCACGCGCUUUAUAACAAGAUAGUAGGUAAAUAAUUUUCAACUAUUAAAUUCUUCGUAGUCGACUUGUAAUGUUUAUCUUGUAAACCUUCGUCUAACGCAGGGCUAUCCAGUUGAGAACAUGAACGAUAUACCUGUUCCAUUUGCCAAUAUUACUACUCUUUGCUUAUUUGUAACUUAUGUCCUGGAGCCCAAGAAAAGGCUUCAAGCCCUAAAAGAAUCGCCGAUAGAUUAUGGAGAAUGUA